CACGAUGGGGGGAAGGCUAAGUAUCGCUAAAGAGAGUAGAAGAAGAAGAAAAAAAACCCUCUAACCUAACAUUUGAAAUUUGCAUUAAAAUUUGUUAUUCUUUUAUAAUUUUGAGAUCCUAAAUAAUUGUUUCUAUAUUUCCAUAAUUUAAUUUCAUACAUUAGAUAUCAAAUCAACGAUGGUUGCUGUAAUAAGUGAUAGUCAGAUAAAUAAUAUAGGAGAGGUGUUGAACAACACAUCAAGACCACUGAAAGAAAGAUUUCGAGCUCUCUUCACACUAAGAAACAUUGGAGGAAGCCAGUCAAUUCACUGUAUAGAAAAGUGCUUUUCUGAUUCAUCAGCAUUAUUAAAACAUGAGUUAGCCUACUGUUUGGGACAAAUGCAAGAUGCAAAAGCAAAUCCUAUUUUAACCACAGUUUUGAAAGACGUUACUCAAGAACCCAUGGUGAGACAUGAAGCAGCGGAAGCAUUGGGUGCGAUUGGCAGCUUGGAAAGUAUAGAAGUACUGGAAAAAUAUAAAAAUGAUGAAGUAGUCGAAGUAGCUGAAACAUGCGAGCUAGCCAUAGAGAGGAUAAAAUGGCUCCAAAACCAUGGAAACCAAGAGAACCAAUCACAGAACCCAUAUAAUUCAGUGGACCCAGCACCUCCUAACGAUACUCGAAAUGUAGAAGAACUGAAAUCAGUUUUGCUCAACGAUGCUGCCACACUUUUUGAGCGGUACAGAGCAAUGUUUUCACUCAGGAACAUGGGAACAAAUGAAGCAGUCGACGCAUUAGGUACAGCUUUGAAGCACGGUAGUGCCUUAUUCAGGCAUGAAAUUGCAUUUGUUCUGGGACAACUUCAAAAUGAACGUGGCUUCACUUACUUAAGAAAUUCUUUAGAAGACGAUGAAGAAAAUGAAAUGGUCAGGCACGAAUGUGCUGAAGCGUUAGGAGCUAUUGCUACCGAAGACUGUAUAAAUGUUUUGAACAGGUAUCUGCAAGACCCCAAAAGAGUCGUAAAAGAAAGUUGUGAGGUUGCUCUGGAUAUGUGCGAGUAUGAGAAUAGUCCGGAAUUUCAGUAUGCAAAUGGUUUGAACAGGACUUGAGGUUUAAGUCUUCCAAUUUUCUGAAAAUUAAUAAAAUAAUUGUUGCCUGUGUGAUAAUGAAAUUAUAUUUUAUUGAUUUGCUCAUAACACCUGUUCCCCAUUAGAUUGAGCUUCCACUGUUGCAGGACUGGAUAACAAUGCCAAAAUGUUAUA